UGGUAUAUGGAUGUUGUUUUUGUAUGUGCUGUGGGUGAGAAAAGAAAAGAAAAACACGUGUGAAACAAGGGUGUUUGAUUGUAUUUAGGGGAGAGAAUUGCAAUUUCUUGGCGAAGAACGGAAAUUUAUUAGGAGGUUGAGUUUAAGGGAGAGAUUACAAGUUAAAUGGGGAAGGUCGGAUCACCUAAGAGUCCACAUCCUCAUCCUGCUAAUUUUGAUUUCUUGUUUGGGAUGAGAGAGUGUCAGACGGCCACCUAUAGCGACCACUUUCCAGGGAGGAGGAUUCCAGGGUUGGAUUAUCAUUGGAGCAAGACUUAUUUGCUCGGUAGUCUAAAGGGUAAUACGAUUAGUACUAUAGCAGCAAAGCAAGCAAUUUCUAAAGGAGUGUAUGGGGGAAAGAGGCAGAAUUGGGUUCAUCGACAUUUAAGGUUAAUUGGUUUUGCUAUUGGGUUGAUGGGUUUCUUCUUUUGGUUAGAUUCUGUCAUGUUUGUGGAUUUUGAUUCUGCGAAUUAUCACAAAAGUUCGGUUUUAGAAACAAGCACAUGGAAGGACGCUAAAGAUAUUUCGGGAAAGAAAGGAAGUUCUCCAUUGCUGAUGUAUGAUCGUCUUCUGAAUUUGGCCUCUGCUUCUCUUGCACAGAAAGAGUUUGGACAUGAUUCAAGUAAUCCAUGGAACGAACCCUCUUCACGAGCAUCAGCAUGGAAACCUUGUGCAGAUAGACAAACACCAAAGGAUAAAGAAAGUCCUAAAAAAAGCAAUGGAUAUCUAUUAGUCAGUGCAAAUGGUGGUCUUAAUCAACAAAGAGUUGCCGUUUGCAAUGCUGUUGCAGUGGCAUCUUUGCUCAAUGCAACUUUAGUUGUCCCAAGAUUUCUGUAUAGCAGUGUCUGGAAGGAUCCAAGCCAGUUUGGUGAUAUCUAUCAAGACGAGCAUUUCAUCAACACAUUGAAAGAUGACGUAGCCAUUACCAAGGACCUCCCUCCACAUUUGAGAUCAGUAGACCUUGAAGCAAUCGGUAGUGUAAUCACUGAUGCGCAUCUUGUGAAGGAAGCAAAGCCAAGUGAUUAUGUAAGACUUGUGCUUCCCGUCCUACUGCAAAACGGUGUUGUUCAUCUACUUGGAUUUGGAAACCGUUUUGGAUUUGAUCCACUACCUCACAAUCUUCAGAAACUGAGAUGUAAAUGCAAUUUUCAUGCUUUGAAAUUUGUGCCAAAAAUACAAGAAGCUGGAUCACUUUUAGUAAGAAGAAUAAGGGAAUACGAUUCAUCGAGAAAUAGGAUAGACAAGGAACUGCUGGGAAACUUUAUGCCGGAUAAUUAUUCAAGAAGCCAUGACUCGAGUAAAGGUCCAUCCAAGUAUCUUGCUCUACAUUUGAGAUUUGAAGUGGAUAUGGUGGCCUAUUCCCUUUGUGAAUUUGGUGGCGGUGAAAGUGAAAGAAAAGAACUUCAAGCUUAUAGAGAAACUCAUUUUCCAUUACUCCUUCAACGACUUAAGGGCUUGAGGCCCGUAUCUCCCGAAGAAUUAAGAAUCUCUGGACGAUGUCCCUUGACUCCAGAGGAGGCAGGUCUUCUUCUUGCUGGACUCGGUUUAGAGCGUGGUACAUACAUAUAUCUUGCUGGGUCUCAAAUAUAUGAUGGGAAGUCAAGGAUGAAGCCUUUCACAAGCCUUUAUCCAAAUUUGGUAACCAAGGAAGAUCUUCUGGCUUCCAGUGAAAUUGAGCCUUUUAGGAAUUUCUCUUCUCAGCUAGCUGCACUGGACUUCAUAGCAUGUGCAACUGCUGAUGAUUUUGCCAUGACUGACUCGGGAAGCCAACUAUCGUCUUUGGUUUCUGGAUUUCGUACAUAUUUUGGAGGUGGUCAUGCUCCUACGUUGCGGCCAAACAAAAAGAGGCUUUCAGCUAUAUUGCUACAAAAUGACACCAUAUCAUGGAACACCUUUCAGCUAAGGGUAAAGAAAAUGAUUGAAGAAGGUCAAAGAGUUCAUGUGAGACGGUAUGGGCAAAGCAUUUAUCGGCAACCCAGGAGUCCCGAAUGUAUGUGCAAAUCCCGCUAGACACUGUAUAUAAUCAUUAUGUUCAAUAAGCCAGGACAAGAGACCCCCCCCCCCCAACCUUUUUCUUUUUGGAUGGGAGGUUGCUGAUAGGGGAGCACAGUUUUGUUUUUUUUCCCUCACUUACCAGGUUACUGAUGUAAAUGCUUCUGAAUUCUUUUGGUAAUGAUGAUUAAAUUUAGGCAAUGCCUUAUAGUA